UUUGCACAGGUAUAAAAACCAACUGCAGUUAAAUACCAUUCUGAUUUCUUACUCUUGUAUGGUCUGAUAGUAGAUGUCAUUUUCUUUUAAUCACUGGACCAUUUUUUUUUAAUCUAGCAACAUCCUAAUUGUUUCUUUCUCCAAAGUUCAACAAUGUCUGAUUAGUAAGUUCUGUCUUCACACAAUUUAAGAAUUGAUUUUUCCAGUGUGUUUACAGGCCUAUCAUCUAAUAACUGUUUCAAUUCGCUUGUGUAUCUCCGUUUUGUCUGUUCCAACAAACUCCACAUGGCCAUCACAGCAAUUACACACCAGCACCCAUGGCCCCCAAGGCGGAGACAAAGCCCAAAUGCAAGAUUUCAGCCUCCCGCAAGCUAUCACUGAAGAUCCUCUUGUUGACACGUGCAAUGGAAGAGCUGGAGGCAGAGAAAGCUGCAAGAGAAGAAGAGAAGGUUCGCUACCUGGGAGAAAAGCUUCCACCACUGCAGUUCAGUGGUUUAAACAUGGAUGAACUGCAGAAACUCUGUAAGCAGAUUCAUGCAAAGAUUGAUGUGGUGGACGAGGAGCGGUACGACUCUGAGGCCAAAGUCAUCAAGAACAACAGAGAUAUCAACGAGUUGAAUCUAAAGGUGCAGGACCUCGGAGGAAAGUUCAAGAAACCAGCUCUGAGGAAGGUGAGAGUGUCGGCAGAUGAGAUGAUGAGAGCUCUGUUUGGGUCCAGAAAUAAGGGCUCCAUGGACCUGAGGGCAAACCUCAAAUCUGUAAAGAAAGAGGACAUCAAACAAGAGAAGGAGAUGAACAUGGAGGUGGGUGACUGGCGUAAGAAUGUGGAGGCCAUGUCUGGUAUGGAAGGCAGGAAGAAGAUGUUUGAUGCUGCCGGUGGUGUCCAAUAGAAAAACCUCUGUAGUGCGCUAACACUGAGUGAUGUUUUGAACCAAAUUUGAUGAAAGUAAACACACAAAAAAAUAAAAAAAUCCUAAAUAAAAAAAAAAGAAGAAUGAAAACAAAAGAAGAAAUUGAAAAAAGUCCCCUGGGAGGCAAGUUUAAGAUUACAUGUUCAUUUGUAAAAUAGCCAUGUGAAUAGAUAUUAAUAUUGCUGCUAUGUAUAAUAAUAUAAUAAAUUUGUAAACAUUG